AUUAUUUCUAAAACACCAGAAAAUUUAGGAAACACUCAGAAUGCUUUGGAUUUUGGUUACUCUUUAAAGCAUUUUAAUUUCCAAAAAGUCUGUAAAAUCUCUCUUACGAAUCCGGACCUUUCGUUUUUACUGUUUGUUGUACGAUUCUGUUUAUUGUCCUUUUUCCAAUUGAAAAUCUCUUGUACGUACAGAAACUAGUUUGUUGGCUUUGUUUUCUAUUGAUUUUCAUAUCAAACGAUAGAAAUGCGGAACAUCCCGCGAUUUUUCUUGGUGUUGAAGUCCAUCCAAAAAUGGCUGGCGAUUUGAUGGAACUGAGAGUGUUGGAGCUAUCUUUCUCGUCAUUUCAUGGAGUUAACUUUUCGGCGUAGUCCAUGUAUUGUAGGCAGAUGUUGUACUAAGCUUCGAUUUGCUUCUGUUAUUUUAGAGAUUUUAUUGAUAUCAUUAUGUUUUGAAGCUUCAUAUGCUAAAUCCCUAGAACAACAAAGUGAGAAAAUCGUAUCACAUUCAUGUAUCCACGACCAGAUACUUGAACAAAGGAAGCGACCCGGUCUCAAGGUGUACUCAAUCACCCCACAAGUUUAUAAGCAGUCUGGUAGAUCAAAAAUUCAUCCAAAAGGAAGGACAUUGCUUGAGAUUUCUGACUCUCAUGAACAACAGAAAGAUGCAAAGCAGCCUAUUAGAAUAUAUUUGAAUUACGAUGCUGUUGGUCACUCACCUGAUAGAGAUUGUCGGGAAGUUGGUGACAUAGUGAAGCUGGGGGAGCCUCCUGUUGAUACUCUUCCUGGCAUUCCAUCUUGCAAUCCUCACGCUAAUCCUCCAAUCUAUGGUGACUGCUGGUAUAACUGCACUUUGGAUGAUAUAUCUGGCGAGGACAAAAGACAUCGUCUUCGCAAGGCUUUAGGGCAGACAGCAGAUUGGUUCAGGAGAGCCUUAGCUGUUGAGCCUGUAAAUGGGAACUUGCGAUUAAGUGGAUAUUCUGCGUGUGGACAAGAUGGAGGUGUACAACUUCCACAUGAAUAUGUUGAAGAGGGUGUCGCUGAUGCAGACUUGGUUCUUCUGGUGACAACAAGACCUACCACUGGGAAUACUCUUGCAUGGGCAGUGGCAUGUGAGCGGGAUCAAUGGGGCCGUGCAAUUGCUGGACAUGUGAAUGUUGCUCCUCGCCAUUUGACAGCUGAAGCAGAGACUUUGCUUUCGGCUACUCUCAUCCAUGAGGUUAUGCAUGUUCUUGGUUUUGAUCCCCAUGCUUUUUCCCAUUUUAGGGAUAAGAGGAAAAGAAGGCGUAGUCAGGUUACUCAACAAGUUAUGGAUGAAAAGCUAGGACGGGUGGUGACACGUGUGGUGCUUCCUAAUGUUGUCAUGCAUUCACGUUAUCAUUAUGGGGCAUUCUCUGAAAAUUUCACUGGUUUGGAGUUAGAGGAUGGAGGAGGACGUGGAACAUCAGGAUCUCACUGGGAGAAGAGGCUGCUGAUGAAUGAGAUCAUGACAGGUUCAGUGGAUACACGAUCAGUGGUGUCAAAAAUGACACUGGCUUUAUUGGAAGAUAGUGGGUGGUACCAGGCUAAUUAUAGUAUGGCAGACCGUCUCGAGUGGGGUCACAACCAAGGAACUGACUUUGUUACCUCUCCUUGCAAUUUCUGGAAGGGUGCAUACCAUUGCAACACGACCCAGCUAUCUGGAUGUACAUAUAACAGGGAGGCAGAGGGAUACUGCCCAAUUCUAAGUUAUAGUGGUGACCUCCCCCAAUGGGCUCGUUAUUUUCCACAAGCUAACAAAGGUGGUCAAUCCUCGUUGGCUGAUUACUGCACGUAUUUUGUUGCCUAUUCUGAUGGAUCAUGUACAGACAGUAACAGUGCACGGGCACCUGACAAAAUGUUGGGUGAAGUGCGAGGGAGUAACUCCAGGUGUAUGGCCUCAUCAUUAGUACGUACUGGGUUUGUAAGGGGUUCUAUGGCACAAGGAAAUGGUUGUUAUCAGCACAGAUGUGUAAAUCGCGCAUUAGAGGUUGCUGUGGAUGAUACUUGGAAAGUGUGUCCUGAAGCUGGUGGACCGGUUCAGUUUCCUGGUUUCAAUGGUGAACUGAUUUGCCCAGCCUACCAUGAACUCUGUAGCACGGAUCCAAUUUCUAUGUCUGGGCAAUGCCCCAAUUCUUGUAAUUUCAAUGGAGAUUGUGUAGAUGGACAAUGCCACUGCUUUCUAGGGUUUCAUGGUCAUGAUUGUAGUGAACGAUCCUGUCCUGGCAAUUGUAAUGGACAUGGGAAGUGCCUUUCAGGUGGGGUCUGCGAAUGUGAAAAUGGGCACACUGGCAUUGACUGUUCUACUGCUGUAUGUGACGAACAGUGUAGCCGCCAUGGAGGUGUCUGUGAUAACGGAGUUUGUGAAUUCCGUUGCUCUGACUAUGCAGGCUACAACUGUCAGAACAGUUCCAAGCUCAUCUCUAGUCUUUCAGUUUGCAAAAAUGUGCUGCAGAGAGAUGCGCUUGGACAACACUGUGCACCCAGUGAACCAAGUAUAUUGCAACAACUGGAGGAAGUUGUUGUGACACCCAACUACCACCGUUUGUUCCCUGGUGGUGGUGCUCGGAAGUUAUUUAAUCUUUUUGUGACCAGUAAUUGUGAUGAGGCUGCCAAGAGACUAGCCUGCUGGAUCUCUAUCCAAAAGUGCGACAAUGAUGAAGACAACAGGCUUCGGGUAUGCCAUUCAGCAUGUGAGUCAUAUAAUUCCGCCUGUGGAGCAUCACUUGACUGUUCAGACCAGACCCUCUUCAGCACUAAACAGGAAGGUGAUGGUCAGUGCACAGGCAAGGGUGAUAUUAGACCAUCCUUGUUUGGUCAGUAUGUUUUGUAUUUAAAAAGAGCUCUUCAAAUGGUUGUAAAAAGUAGCCAGAUCUAGUAUUUACUAUUUACCCCUUUUCUUUUUUAUUUUCUAUAAUUUGGCUUGUAAUUUUUCUAGGGUUUUUAUUGUAGAAAAAGAUGGCAUGUAAAUGUAAUGCCUUAGGUGUAGGUUUUUUGGGCCCACAAGUCAUUUUAAGAAACUGGGUGGGAUUAUGCUUUCGAAGAUGAAAGCCCUUUGUAGAGAGAACUGUAAUGUAAGCAGAGGAAGGAAAAAAAAAAAAAGAUAGUUAUUUCUGAAGAGUGAGUUAAGAUUUGGCCGAAGGCCUUUAUGGAGAAGGAAAUGGCUCAUGUUUUUCUGUGUAAGACAGACCUUGUGAAUUUUCAUCUUGAAGCAUUCUCCAGAACUGGUAUGGUUAAUUUGAUUGUCAGUUGUAGAAAGACUUUAAUCCCUGCUCUAGAUGCUUGUGUAAUCUAACGAUUGAUCAAGAGACAAUGAAAGAGCAUCGCUCAGUUUUCAGAAUGAACAACAGACUUGCUUGUUUGUGUCACCAU